ACAGCCGAUAUCGCCGGGCCCGGCAGCGUCUUAAACGCGCGCCUGUUUGCAAUUAGCAUUUGCAGUAGAAGAGAGUGCACAAAAAUCGUAAGCAAUAUUCGUGCUCCAAAAUGAAGCUUUCUACGUCAAGAUACAGUUUUUGCUUAAUGUUUCAAAUUGUGGCCAUCGUAUUCGAUUUGUUUUUCAACUGUAUAAGUUUGUUCCCGAGAUCUCGCGACGGACUUCUUGUAAUAUUCAUAUUUCAAGAUUUAUUUCUGGUACUCUCCAUCACUACCAUGUUGAUAACGCUGUUCUCAACAUACCUAUUCCAGGCCGGUCUGGUGGAGGUGCUGAUCCGCAAGUUCCGCGCGGCGGGCUCGGUGUGCCUGGCGUACAUGGUGGCGUCGGUGGUGCUGCACACGGCCUGGCUGCUCGACAAGUGGACAGAGAAGGAGUCCAUCUCCUCGCCGCUGCUCAUCGCCUUGUUCACUAUCCAGCGCGUGUUGUCGCCGUGGUACUACUUCGUGGCCAAACGCGCGGCGCUGCGCGUGGCGGACCCACGCAUGUGCGAGGACGUGGACUGGAUCAACGGCCAGCUGGCGACGCGCUGAGGCAUGCGCGCGCACGGUUAGACUAUCCUGGAGCUUACUAAUUACUCUUUACUUGAACCCUAAACGUAACCGAGCUAUACUAAAUAGCUCUUAUUUUGUGAGCAUCUUUACACGACUGUCGUUUUGUAACUAUUUUAUGAGACUGUAUGUGCCCGCUAGCUAAAAAAACGCCCUUAGAUAACGAUUUGGCCGAUGUAACAUUAGUUUACUCUUGUUAGUUUUUACGCUGCGGCGCCGCUAAG